CCUAAUUACUGCGACAUGAAAAAGUCAGCUACAGGAAAUGGAAAAAGGAAGAGCCUCAAAUUAUCAACAAAAAAGAAAGAAGAUAAACUUAACACAUUGGUGACAAGAAGAAAUGACAAAUCAAGAUGUUCACCACAAAGUGGGAAAGGAAAAACUGAUCAAACAUGCUUUACAAAGAUUGUGAAACAAAAUGUUGUGUUAACACCCUUACCAAAGAAUAAACAGGCAAAGAGUAAUGGUGAAAUGUCAUCUUCCUCUUCUGAACCCAAUCAGCCUCCUUAUGCUCAUAAGAAGAAUGGAUACAACAAUUUUAAAUUGCCAUCACCAAUAUGCCAGCUAAGAAACAAGAAGAAUACCUCAAUAAAUGGAUCUAAGUGUAAUCUUGCAGUCAACAAUGUAAAAGAAAUAGUUAUCGAAGAUGAUGAUUUCAUUCCACCAACACCAUCUCCAAAUGGACAGCAUAGUUUUAUCAGCUGUUGUCCAGAAAGUACCCCAUUGUUGCAUGAUGAAAGUAGAGUGUCCAAGGUUCUCAACCACUCAUCUGCUGCAAAUUAUUACAAAAAUGAGCUAAGUGAAAGAGGAUCUGCUAAAAUAAAAAAAGCAGUCUUUGUUGGUAAUGAUCCUGAAGAAGCAGAUGAUAACAAAAGGUUACCUGUCUCAGAUAUAUCUUCACCUCCACAUAACUAUGUUGAAGCUCAAAUGACAACACAAGCAACCAGUCGUAAAAAGUAUAAGCUUUCCAGGAAGGGGUUUAAGCCACCAAGGGUACUGUCAAGUCCAAUAAAAAAGAGCAACAUCAGUGCAUCAGUUGAUAAGUCACCAAAGAGUCAGUCACCCACAGGAAACAACGCAGGCUACCAGAAGGAGUCUGUGUCCAUUAUUGCACCAUCAAAGUGUGUCGUUCUAAGAUCGAGAAUGAAACGUUCAGCAGCCAGGGGAAGUUCUCCUAUGCAGAAGAGACUCUUAACAGAAUAUCCUUUGGAAGAAAAGAGUACAGUGAAAUGUAACCUCUGGGACAGAAUAGAAGAAGAUUUACUCUCUAACUCUCCUGGAGAGAAUGGAGAGAAUGAAGGACAACAAGCUGUAGAUCAUGAACAGUACCAUCUUGCAAACCAUUGGGUUGAAAAUAAAAAUGUGAUGAAACAGUACACCUUGGACACAAGCAUAGGAAAUUGCUCCCUUGAUGAAAAAUUACUGGAAUGUGAAGAAUUAUUUGAUGAAAGAAACCAUGGGGAAUCUUACAGUUGUACAAAUACUAAUUAUGGUACAGAAGAGAUGGAGAAGUGUGACUCAAAUGUUGGAGGAGAUCUAAAGAAUCAAUUUAGAACUCCUAACAAAUCACAGUCUCAUCAAAUUCUGCAACCAUCCAAAUCUCCACCAUGCAAUAACUUGUCUGGGCAGUUGCUUACACCUACAAGAGCAGAUGGAAAUACUUCAGUGGACAGUCUUGCUGAUGCUAUGGAGUUGGAUAAUUUACUGGAUGGUGUUAAAUGGUCGCCUAUGGUCAGCUUUCCUGAAACAUUUCACAUUUCAAGCAACAGCAGCUCAUGUAAAGCACUCUUCUCUCCUAUCAGAAACACAGAGCAGGCUAACACAAUAUCUAAGGAUCUCCAAAAUAAAUGCAACAUUACUCAUAUUACUUGUCACUCUGGAACAAAGGGUUACAGUCGUUUCUUAGUGCUGGAGGUGUCUCGCAGAGAACUACAAGGCCAGGAAGUUGUGGCAAAGUAUGGAAGACAAUUACCAGAGAAGGUUCUUCGUUUAUUUGACGAAGUGUCUGGUCAAGAAAAGUUCUGUAGUUUAAGGGAAGACUGGGAGAUGAGUGAAGUUGAACCUGGUGACAUUGUACAUAUUACAGGAUCAUUUGACUCGUCAACAGCAACAUGUAUCCUUGAUAACUCAACUGAACACUAUCUUGUCAUUCACCCUGAUACUUUGGUAUCUGGAACUACUGUUUCCAUGGCAACUAAGUGUUUAAGGCAGGGCAUACUCAAUGAGCAAUUUCGCACUGAAAGCCAAAGUGAGGCAAUGUUGAUUGGAACACUUCUUCAUGAUCUGUUUGAUUUGGCCAUGGAGUUUAAGGAAUUUUCUCCAGAUGCACUUUUAACAAGAGCUAGAGGGCUUCUCCAGAGGCUUUCUUACUUGGAUGACUUCUACAGCCUGGGACAGACAGAGAGUUGGGCCCUGGAAAAACUGAAGGAACAUAUUCCACUUCUCUGUGACUGGGCCAAGAAGUUUGUGGUUCCUUUUCCCCAACCUGAUCUGGGGGCUAUGGAUUUUAAGACCCCUGAAUUCCCACAUCAGACUGAGCAACCAAGUGUUUGUGUGUCAGCACUGAAAGACAUCGAAGAAAAUAUCUGGUCACCGCGGUAUGGACUUAAAGGGAAAGUGGAUGCCACCGUUGAAGUUAAAAUUGAUCGAAGACCUAAAAUAAAACGGCACAGGCCUGAUACAGGAAAUCAAGUACAGACCAGAGUGAUGCCAUUGGAAUUGAAGACUGGGAAAAUGUUCACUAAACUAGGAUCGAUCGAGCACCGAGCACAGGUGAUUCUGUACACUUUACUCAUGUCUGAUCGAUAUUUUCAAGCAGUUGACGCAGGGUUACUAUUUUACAUGAAGGCAGCUCAUAUGCUUAGUGUUCCGAGUUUCCUUCACGAGAGGAGAGCUCUUAUCAUGAAAAGGAAUGAAGUUGCACGCUACUUGACACUGAACAGGGCCGGAGCCACAGGAUCUAUGCCAGCAAUGUUGAAAGAUCACAACACCUGCAAGCGAUGUCCUCAGGUUCAAAACUGCACCACUUUUCACAAAGCAGUCGAGCAAGGAGACGGUGUAACAAGUGGUCUGGGAUCAUUAUUUAAAGAGAUGACCGAACACAUGUCCAGAACCUACGUACGCUACUUUAGAGACUGGUAUAAACUGGUUUGUCUGGAAGGUAAGGAGAUGGAACAAAAAAGAAAUCAGAACGAGAUUUGGUGUUUGGACGGAAGCGAAAGGGAAAAACUUGGUCGCUGUUUUAGCGGGAUGGUACUGAAGUCAUGUGGUUGUGACAUGGUGCAAGGGGGCAGUCAUUACAGACACAAGUUCGAGCGCUGUGCAGAUCAUCCUAGCGUGAUGUCAUUACAGGAUGUGCCAAUUACGGCGGGGGACCGUGUGAUUUUAAGUGAAGAGAAUGGUGGAGCCACAGCUGUCGCGGCAGGGUACAUACAUGAGGUGAAGAAGAGCGAAGUUGUUGUCUCACUAGACAGAGAUUUGACUAAAAGUUAUGAUACACACAUUAAAGAAACAAGCUCCAAACUCUAUCGCCUUGACAAAGACGAGGAGUAUAGCUCUCAAACAACUCUGUGGUCCAACAUGGCAAAACUGUUCAAAGGUGACUCUGACAGAGACGCUCAGCUGCGUCGCCAAAUCGUAGACUUGGAACCACCGGUGUUUUCAAGGGAAAGACGGAAUGACACAGUGACCAUGUGCAGUCAGACAUCAGAUAUCGCUCAGUUCUUCUCACAACAAUCACCGUCUCAAAGCAACAAAAGCCAGAAGUCCUUGCCGGACCCAGCUGUGGAGUCUAUCUUACAGGAGCUGAACUCAGGGCAACGGAAGGCGGUAUCUAAAGCCCUUGCGGCCCAUCACUAUGCGCUGAUCCUAGGUAUGCCAGGAACAGGAAAGACGACCACCAUCUCCUGCUUGGUUCGUGUGCUGGUGGCAAGUGGUAAAUCUGUUCUACUCACUAGUUACACCCAUACUGCUGUGGACAACAUUUUACUCAAGCUUAAAGAGGCAAACAUAGAUUUCCUUCGUCUUGGCCAGGUCCAUAAAAUUCUUCCCAAAAUUCAAUCAUACAGCGCGCACCGGGCAGCUGCUGGCAUCAAAACUGUCAAUGAACUAAGGAAGUUAUACGAGUCCAAGUCCGUAGUGGCGACCACCUGUUUGGGUGUGAAACACGCCCUCUUCUCUCAACGCUCCUUUGACUACUGUAUUGUGGACGAGGCUUCCCAGAUCACCCAACCAGUGUGUAUUGGUCCUCUAAGGCACGCCCGUGUCUUUAUCUUAGUGGGUGAUCAUUAUCAGCUGCCACCCUUAGUGCAGAGUGUAGAAGCUAGAGAGGGUGGUAUGGACGUAAGUCUGUUUAAACGCCUUUCAGAACGACACCCACACGCGGUUGUUAGCUUAGAGCAUCAGUAUCGAAUGAAUGAAGACAUCAUGGAGCUGUCGAACACACUGAUCUAUGAACACAGGCUUAAAUGUGGUACGCAAGGCGUGGCAAGGGCAGUCUUGGAGCUGCCGAACUGGGACGAAUUCUUUUGUUAUAUGAAGGAGAAUACGGCCAAUAUCAAAGGUAACUGGAUACUAGACACACUCUUGCCCAGUCGACCGGUGGUGUUCUUAGACACGGAUAGGGUCCCCGCGCCUGAGUCUCGUUCAGAGCACUUGGUGUCAAACGAGACAGAGGCCGCGAUCGUUCACCAACUAGCUUGCGCACUCUUGAAAGCCGGCCUCCAGCCUGCAUCACUCGGUAUAAUCUCUCCGUACAGGCACCAACUCAAGCUCAUAACGCAGAUUUUUCAUCGAGACGCCGACACCAAACAAAACGAAAUCGAGAUCAACACCGUGGAUAAAUAUCAAGGUCGAGAUAAAGCCUGCAUCAUUGUGUCUUUAGUUCGUAAUAACGAGCACUCCAACGUGGGAGACCUGCUAAGGGAUUGGCGCCGAGUUAACGUGGCGGUAACUCGUGCGAAGCGGAAAUUGAUUUUGAUUGGUUCGCUCAUGACACUGAAAGGUAGCUUGCUACUCCAGGAGCUUUUUGACCUGCUGGAGCUAAAAGACUGGGUGCAAGUUCUACCUUACGAUGGGCAAAAGAUGUUCGAGUUUUUGACAAAAUCUUUCCAGACUUCUCCCAGUAAGAGCCUGGAAACCCUGUGAACCUACGAAAAGAAUUUAAAGUAUUUGCCAAACUUUUGGCGUAGUCAUUACUCGCAAAUUGAUGCUUCAAUUUAUUAAUUGCUAAGGAUUGGUUAUCGCUUGUCGAAUGAUAAUUUUUGUGUGGUAAAAUUCCUUGUUUCGUUGUUUAUUACAUUUUUUUCGCUGGCCAAAGAAUAUUUGUAUUGAGUUUAUUAUCACAUCGUAAUUUCAGAUAUGUUAACAUAACUGUCAGUUAACGAUGACUUGUAUAGUGAAACGGAAAGGUCUGUCACGUUCUUUUCUGUAUGUAUUGUAUCCUCCUUGCCGUGAUGGUUUAAGACCCGUAAAGAGGGUGCUGAAUCGAAACGCGCCAGGGAUUUUCCUGGCCAACUCAGAAAUAUUGACAGUUCCGUGUUCUCUAAAUUUUGUAAAAGUGACUCAGCCCACUGUUACGUCUUUGGUUCACAAACGCCAUCGGACAUUCCGCGAAAAAAGCUAGUACUGAUUUAAAACUCACUAACCCGAGGAAUUUUUCAAGGAUCUUCCUUAGAAUAAAGAAAGACAUAUGCAUGUAGCAGCAAGCUUACCCCUAAGAAGUACACGGCCGUUGGUUGUUUCUUGCUACUAGCCGCGAGAAUGCGUAGCUUUAAGCACUAACGUCUAUGAAUUACCAAGUAAGUCCGUCUGAUAUCCAAUCUCCGUAAAGUCUUCGUGAGCCCAAUGUUCGGGAAACCUAUAAAGCCAACCAGUGCGCUCGUGGCCAAAUCCUCGACUGGUUUCCGUCGCCAAUCAAGAAUGAGACCAUCGACGGCAUUGACUCGUUAUUUCUCGCCACUUGUUGAAUACCUUUUGUGGUAUUGGAAUUGAUUCUGCUUCCACAAAAGAUUAUCACAAUUACUUUCAAUAAAACCAAUCAAAACAUCGAGUAAACAG